AUUCACUUUUCCGUGCGCUACACAUUUGGCGGGAAUAGAGAGCGGGAGAGAUGGCGAACAAGGUGAUCUCUCAAAUGGGUCUACCAAAAUCAAUAGCUAACAUUUUUGCAGCUCGUAAUAUCUUAACAUCCAAGGAUGCUUUGUCAUUAACUGAAUUCGAUUUGAUGGAAUUGUUAGAUGUGGGUAUGAGUGAUGUUAAUUCCGCGGUAACACACAUUAGUGAAAUGACAUGUCCACCAUAUCAGACUGCUUUUUCGUUGAUGGAGGAACGCGUCCAAAAUGAGUACUUGGCUGGUCAUUUACCCACACGGUUAAAAGGGUUAGAUGAAGCCUUGUGUGGUGGAGUACCAUUUGGUGCUUUGACCGAACUUGUUGGCCCUGCUGGGAUUGGCAAAACACAGUUCUGUAUGAAGCUAGCGUUAUUGGCUGCUCUACCAACAGCUUGUGGUGGUUUAAAUGGCCGAGCAAUAUAUAUUGACGUGGAGUCAAAGUUUAGUUCAAGAAGAUUGAUAGAGAUUGGAGCAGAAAGUUUCCCAGAAGUCUUUCAAUUGGAAAGAAUGGCACAGGAGAUGGCUGGCAGGAUACUUGUUUUACGACCUACAUCAUUCACUGAGUUCACUGAGAGCUUGCAGCAAGUCAAGCUGUCGAUUCUCCAAAAUCAGAUUAAGUUGCUCAUUAUUGAUAGCAUGGCUGGCUUUGUUUCAGGUGAAAAUGACAGAGAUGUGAAAGCUCCUAAGCAGCAUUCCCUAGGUUGGCACAUUUCCUUCAUCAAGUCACUAGCAGAGUUCUCACGGAUUCCUAUUAUUGUGACCAACCAAGUGCGAUCCCAGAACUGUGAUGAAUUAGUCCAGUAUCCUUUCCAAGCGGAGAACAAGCAUGAAAUCGUGAAAGAUCCCGAGAGGCUUAAUUCCCACCUUGUUGCUGCGCUUGGGAUUCACUGGGCCCAUGCGGUGACCAUUCGUUUAGUGCUUGAAUCUGAUUCAGGUCAGAGAUAUAUUAAGGUGGCAAAGUCUCCCAUUUCUCCACCUCUUGCAUUUCCAUUUAUCAUCACCUCAUCGGGAAUUUCCUUAAUAAGCGAUAAUGGUAUAGAAGUGAAAGGACCAGAGAUACACUCAAUUCAUUGUCAAGGCUUUGAUGACUUUUUAACAUCAGUUGGCCCAAGUUACAACGGUUAAAAUGAAAACAGGUAUGUUUUCUGUAAUAUAUGUUCAAAAUGAACUUAUACUGAUGUGUACUCCUUAGGUUCACUAUUAAUUGUUAAGCAGAUUACUCGAGAGUGUACUAUUUCUCUUCAACAACUUGAUUUCUUCAUACUGUAAUGUACUUCAUAUAUCUAAAUUCAGAUUAGUGUUUCAAGUUUGUUCGUGUAUUCUUCUCUUUAUGUAACAUAAAAGUUAGUGGAUGUUCCCAAUUAAUAUCUACUCAUGAUGAUAGCUCGACCCAAAAUACUAUAUGUCAGUAUGAAGCAGUAAGUAUAUCACUAUCAAGAGAAACAUGAAAACAACAAAGUCAGUUGUUAGUGCUCCACUUCUGGGUUUGUGUUCCUACUGAUCUUAAAUCGCCUUAUCUCAACUUAGAACCGAUAGCAUCAACAUCCUUGGGAUUUUCUGAAAAGUGUAUAUCCCAUUUGUAAGAUCUUUUAUCCAAAGGAAUAAGUUCCCAUGGGUAUUGGAUCGAAACAUCGUUAUUAGGUAUCUUUCAACUUCUAACAUGUGAUCCAUGAGAGUGGCUGCGCAUUAUUGUGGUUAAGCUUCAAAUGUUCCAGGCGGUGGCAAGCAUAAAGAUGCAUGGGUUAAAACUUGGAAUCUCUUAUUGGAUUUUGGAAUCCAUAAGAUAGAUAACAGUUUUGCGGUCACAUCUGUCAGUGUGCUGAGGUUGGGACUAUCCUUUGAUUUGAGCCUCAUUAGAAGAGUAGAUCGGUAUAGUAUAUUUGGUUUAUGAUAGUCUCGUUUCUUGAUUAUUUGUCCUUUGUUCUGUUAUCGGGUUCUGAUCGAUCAGAAAAAGUUUCAUAUUGCUGUAAUUAUAAUAUAACAUUCAUC